AUGACGAAUGCUUUUUACCAGAAUCUAUAUACUUCAGAAGGAGUGCAAGGAAUACAGCAGGUUAUUGAUCAUGUGCCUAGAAAGGUGACUGAUGCCAUGAAUGCAGACUUGUGUGCACCUUACACUAAUGAUGAGAGAAGAAGGUCAGGAAACAACAGCUUCUGUGCUUUGAAGCUAGAUAUGAUGAAAGCCUAUGAUAGGCUGGAGUGCUCUUAUUUGAGGGCCAUCAUGGAGAAGUUGGGGUUUGCAACAAGUUGGAUUGACACAGUAAUGGCUAUGGUUUCUUCAGUUUCUUUUGCAGUUUUGUUCAAUGGAGAAAGACUCGAGCGUUUUUAUCCAUCAAGAGGAAUUCGGCAGGGAGAUCCUAUCUCACCUUACCUAUUUUUGAUUGCAGCAGAGGGCCUUUCGUGCCUCCUGAAAUCCAGUUCACAGUCAUCUUCACUUACAGGUAUUAGAGUGGCGCCAACGGCCCUAGCCGUGAACCACCUUCUAUUUGCAGAUGACAGUCUGUAG